AUGCGCUCAACCGUUAUUGUGUCUACUUGGCCUGUAGCUUGGGUUGGGGGCUUACCGUGGGAGGGCUGCUAUACGUUGGAAGGGGAUAGGACCACCAUUGCCGGAAUGUGGACUAUCCUACCGCGAACCAUUCCUAUUGACAUGGCGGGCUUUGCGAUCGCACUCAAUAUUAUCUUGCAGAAGGAGAACGCUUAUUUUCAGUCCAUGUGGGAGCCUGGCCACAUGGAAACCAACUUUUUGACCGCCAUAGGAUUGAAGGAUCCAAAGCAGAUGGAGCCCAAAGCAAAUGGAUGCCAGGAGGUAAACACUCUUUCAUAA